UUCUCAUAUUGUGCACAUCAUAAGAUUUGUUGUGUGUGUGUGUGUUUUUUUUUUACAUUCCUAGUCACGGAACAAUUAAAUCCGAUCGAAAGAAAAUUUAGCCUUUGGAUUAACAGAAAAUAACAGAAAAAAAUGUCGAAUCGAGUACGAACGCGUGAAUCAAAGUCUGGUGAAACGGUUGCCUACAGUGAAUCAGCAAUAAGACACAAUGCAUCGGCCGUGGAAUAUUGUCGAACAUCGAUGGCUGCGCUAAGCGGCAGUACAGCUGGUAUAAUGGGCCUCACCGGAAUCAUUGGCUUCUUCUUUUAUCUGGUGUCAGUAUUCGGUUUGUGGUGUUUACUUCUGCUGAAAACGGGCUCCAAUUGGAAGAAAUAUUUCAUAAAUCGGCAAUCACUGUUGACCAACGGUUUUCUGGGCGGCCUUUGCACAUAUGUAUUAUUCUGGACAUUCUUAUAUGGAAUGGUUCAUGUUUACUGAAUAUUAGUUAAAUACACGCGCACAGAACGGCAACCCAAAACCAACAGUAUAGGUGUUAAUACCCAAAGAAUAUUCGCAUCAAAACGAGCUACCAACAAAUUCGAUUAAAAAAUUUCUGCUUUGAUUAAACAGGAAAUGAUUGUUUUUACAAAGAAAAAAUCGACGAAUUUUACCCAAUAAAAAUCAAUAUUUAUAGUAAACACAAA